AUGCUCGACGCCAAUGCGUUCCCGCACCUCGUCGACACGGUGCUCUCGCACUGCACGCGCCCAACGCUUUUGACACUGCGGCUCGUGAGCCGGUCGCUCCGGGACUCCGCCGACGGCGCGCUCGCUGCCCAUGUUGUGCUGUACGCGCCGGAUCGCACGGCGCCAGAGUACAUCGACAUCCUGACGCGCGAGGGGCGCCACCCGGCCUUCUUGCUCGCAAGAGUGUACUCGCCGUUCGGGGAACACACGACGUGCUCCGAGGCGUUCCAUCGGACCGUUACAAUCCUGGAACGCACGCGCACGGUCGACCUCGUCGGGGAUAUGGACCUCGACAGCCUGAACGCGAUCGCCAGCGCACUGUCAGUCGACUUGGUUCGCACCCGGCCGGGGGAGGACGGCGCGCCGCCGCCGCUUGGGAUCGUGCACGCCCCGCGCUUGAUCAGCUUCACGAGCUUCACUAGCCAGUCGCCGUGCGUCCCGCCCGUGCUCGUCCCGGACGGAACGAGCACGUUCACCCUGCAUAUACGGUAUGCCAUCGCCGAUGCAGGGCAUGCACACGCGCACCUCGGGCCUAUUAAGCUCGCCUCCAGCGUGUCGACCGUCGCGGUCAUCUUUUCACCACAGACACGGACCACGGCCGGCCCGCUCCCCAUUGCCGACCUUCGUCCAGCAAUAGACACCCUCGUGCUCUGCGUCGCGGCCCAUCUCCCCGAGGUACAGUUCACCUUUGUCGGAUGCGACGGCCUGAGCCUGUUUCACCACCCCCUGAAACGACCCCUGUCGGUGGAGAGCGCCAUCCGCAACGGGGUACACAUCAAGCUCAGCGCACAAGGCCUCAAUAACUGGCAAUGCGUCGGGGCAAUGUACCAGCUCCGCUUUUGCACCGUCGCCCAGUGGCAAGCCAUGCGCGACCCUGUGGAUUUCGCACUCGAGAUGGAAGAGUAG